AUGUCGACUAUGGGGACUAAGGUCAUACGAACCAAUGAGGGCCACUUGCUAGAAAUUACAGACGAAAACGUUCAGUCCGUCAAUGCUCUCAAAUCCAAGCUAAAACGAAACAUCGGUGACGAAGAAGAUCCCUCACAGGAUAUUGAUCAAGAGCAUGAUUCCAAGAAAUCCAAGCCCCAAAGUCCUAUUCCAGAGUCCACAGGACAUUUGCCAAAAAAUUCAGACGAUUUUAGACAGUAUCAUCAGGCUAAAAGCAGAGUACGAGAUUUUUACAAGGAGCAGCACGAGAAGCAAACUAUGGCAUUUAACUUGCAAGCUAGAGUGAAUUUCAAGACAAAAACCAGAGCCAAAAUGACUAUCUGGGACGCAUUAUGCAAAUUGAGCAUGUUGAUAGACGAUUCAGACCCAGACACUGAGUUAUCUCAAAUCGAUCAUGCUUUACAAACAGCAGAGGCAAUUCGUGCAGAUGGGUUGCCUCGUUGGAUGCAACUUGUGGGUUUGAUCCACGAUUUGGGCAAAAUUCUCUACUUUUUUGAUAGCGAAGGUCAAUGGGAUGUUGUGGGGGACACUUUCCCCAUCGGUUGCAAGUUUGCAAACGAGAUCAUAUUCCAAGAGUUCUUUGAGGGCAAUCCAGACAAUUCGCAUCCCAUUUACUCCACUGAACUUGGCAUAUACGAAAAGGGUUGUGGUUUAGGCUCUGUGAUGAUUUCAUGGGGUCAUGAUGAAUACAUGUACUACAUUGCAAAGAGCCAGUCUACACUUAACGAAAAGGCAUUGGCCAUGAUAAGGUACCAUUCUUUCUAUCCGUGGCAUAGAGAGGGCUCGUAUCGAUAUCUCCUGAAUAAAAAGGAUCACGAAAUGUUGCAAGAGGUACAGGCUUUCAAUAAGUACGACCUGUAUUCUAAGUCGCUAAAACGGCACAGCAUCAAAGAGUUGGAGCCCUACUACCUCGAGCUCAUAGACGAAUUUUUCCCGGCAAAGUAUGUUGAAUUCUGA